AUGAUAAGCUGUAGGAAUGGACGGGCGGAGGAGACGCAGCCAAGUGCGCGCGCGCACGGCCAACGGCGCGUCGUGCGAUCGGAAAUUUGCGAGGACCCGGAAUGGAUACUACGUCCUCGGUCCGAGAGUGAUGUAAGCUGGCGAUGUCAUUUGUGUCUUGUACGGCGGGAAGAUGCCUUUCUGUCUCCGGCCUUGGGGGAAGAGGAAUUACCUGCUUGUUGGGCAGUGUUACGUGCAUGGGAUUAUGAACGGGGAGAUCAUUGA